AUGACGUCGAAACCACAUUUCCUCAUUCCCGAUAAACUCCCCACGCCGCAAGCUCAGAACUGUCCUACCUUCAGACCGCCACCAUUAGACGGCACCAUUCUCGUUCCUGAACUAUUCGGAUGGAAUGCAGAACAUAAUCCUGACCAUCCUCUGUUCGUGUUUGCGGAUGGACCACAAGGUGAGAUGAGGACGAUCAAAUACCCAGAAGCGUUUAGGAUCAUCAAGAGAGCUGCGAAGAUAGUGAAGGCGCAUUGUGGGCGGUAUGAGAAUGGGUCUGAAGGAAAGGGGAAAACCCAGACAGGACCUGUGCUUGGAAUUUUGGCGAACGCUGACACAAUCACCUACUGGGCCACCAUGGCCUCCAUCAUGUGCCUCGGCCUUGUGCCCUUUCCUAUCUCACCUCGAAAUUCCGCCAUUGCCGUCGCCCAUCUCGUCAAGAGCGUAGGCGUCACGCAGCUAUUUGUCUCUUCUGAUCCAGCCAUGCAACGCCUCUAUUCCGAUGCACAACUCAUCCUGAAAGAUGACGGUAUCGAGCUCGACUUGCUCCAGAUGUUACAGUACGAACAGAUCUCCGACGAAGGUGCAGGUGCAGCGAAGGUGGAAGAAAUGGUGUUCCCCAAAUUGGACCUGGAGAGAACGGUCUGUAUCUAUCAUUCUUCUGGGUCAACCUCCUUUCCCAAGCCAAUCUAUGUCAGGAACCGAACGUUCCUGCAAUGGACUAUGGCUCAUGCUUACGGUGAACGUGAUUUGUGUGGUACCGUAUUUGGUGUUCAUACGGCGCCGCUUUUCCACUCGAUGGGUUCUGUCAAUUUUAUCUGGACGGUCGUGACUGGUGUGGUCAUGGCGUGUUUCAAACCGUCCUCGCCACCAAUCAUGCCAACGCCGGAGAAUUACCUCGAAGGGAUCAUCAGGACGAAGAGCGAGAUAUUGUUCUGUGUUCCUUCGUUUGUCGAAGCAUGGAUGCGCGAUCCAGAAAAUUAUCCAGUCAUCAAGAAUUUGCGAGCUAUUUUGUAUUCGGGAGGUCCAAUAGACAAGGCCAUCGGAGACAAGGUCACAAGCAUGGGCGUUGCUCUUUACCCAUUUUAUGGCGCCACGGAAGUAGGGUGCAUCAGCACGUCUAUGCCUGCCGAAAUGCCCAGCAUAGAUACUUGGCCAUAUUUCCAUCUCUCGCGACAACUUACAUACGAGCUACUUCCUCAAGAAGAAAGCGAUGACUUGUUCGAAGUCUGCGUUAUUAGGACCGAAUAUUUCGAACCGAACACUACGAACACAACAUCGAGCGACGGGAGGCCGAUGUACAGGACUUCGGAUUUACUGCAAAGGCAUCCUACCGAACCGACACUGUACAGAGUCUAUGGAAGGGCGGAUGACCAGAUUAUGUUGUCUACCGGUGAGAAGACCAAUCCUGGGCCAUUAGAGUCAAUAUUUGUGCAAGAUCCCCAUGUGGCGUCCGCUGUGAUCUUUGGCAGGGGCCAGUUCCAAAAUGGCGUCUUGAUUGAUCCAAAGCCUGAGUUCGCGUUUGACCCAUCGGAUGAAGCGAAGUUGGCGGAUUUCAGAAACAAGAUCUGGCCGACUGUCGAACAGCUGAACAACUUCGCACCUGCGCACUCUCGAUUGUUCAAGGAGAUGAUUCUGGUUUCGAAACCGUCGAAGCCGUUUGAGCUCACUUCCAAGAUGACCGCUCGUCGUCACGUUGUUAUCAGGGCUUACGCAGAUGAGAUCGAAGCUUUGUAUGAGACGAUAAAGAACUCGACCCAAGAAGAUAUCCCAGCUCCUGAUUCAUGGAAUUCCGAAUCCACGAAGGACUUCGUAAGGAAGGUCGUGGAAAAGGUCAUGAAGCUGCAACUGGCUGACACCGUCGAUUUCUUCCUUGAAGGAUGUGACAGUCUACAAGCAACAUACAUUCGCAAUACCGUCAUUCAUGCGCUCAGAAAGUCGUCAAAUGUCCUUACUGCUCACCUCCCCAACAACUUCGUAUACUCUAAUCCCACCAUCACUUCACUCUCGUCGUUCAUCCUCGCUUUCUUGGCUUCAGCUUCUGCCUCCCCCGAUUCUAUCAGCGAGGCCAAGGUAUCCGCUAUGCAAUCACUGCUCGAAACCUACUCUUCCACUUUCCCCUCCCAUUCGCCACAAGGGAAAGGAACUGCCGCCAGUAUCGAUGAGGUCGUCCUUCUCACCGGUACCACCGGUCGCCUCGGAGCACAUCUGUUGGCGCAGUUGUUAGAGCGGAAGUCUGUCACUCGAGUGUACGCGCUAAAUAGGACUGGAACGGGCAGUGUUGUGGGUAGACAGAGUGUUGUGGGUAGACAGAGGGCUGCGUUCGAGAGCUGGGGACUGGAUGUAGAGUUGUUAUGUGGCCACAAGGUCGUGCUCUUCGAAGCUGACUUCAGCAAAAAAGAUCUUGGAGUGGGAGCAGACUUGUUCGGUGAGAUGCGGGACUCUGUGACGAGCAUUAUCCAUAAUGCUUGGCGCGUUGAUUUCAACCUCUCUCUGUCUUCGUUCGAACCGCUCGUUGCGGGAGUACGCCACUUGGUCGAUCUUUCACUGAGUUCGCCCCGCCCAUUGCCACCACCAAUACUCUUCACCAGCUCGAUAUCGGUAUUCCUUCAUUCUACAUUCUCACCCGUACCUGAGCUUCCUAUCACCGAUCCAAGGGUUGCCGUCGCGAAUGGCUACAGCGAAAGUAAAUGGGUGGCGGAAAGCAUACUUCUACGAGCUGCGAAGGAAAGUGGCCUCAAGCCAAACGUUGUCCGCGUGGGCCAACUCUGCGGUGACAGCAAGACCGGUGGUUGGAAUGAGAAAGAGUGGGUUCCCGUCACGUUGAAGGGUUCGCAAGUUCUCGGAGCUAUACCCCACAGAGUUGAGAACGUUUCCUUCGUCCCAGUCGACAUUGCCGCCUCUGUUUUGUUGGACAUGCUGGGCAGCGAUGAACCCGUACUUCAUCUCGUCCACCCGUACACAGUCUCCUGGGAUGUUAUCUCUCAUACCGCUUCCGAAGCCCUCGCCGUACCGAUCAUUCCCUAUAAAGAGUGGGUGUCCAAGCUCCGAUCCGCAGCACAAGGGGCGAAUGAAGAAGUAGCAAGACAUAACCCUGCGAUAAAGCUCCUUGAGUUCUUCGAGCAGGAGAUGGGUGAGGUUAGCGAUGGGAUUAUUUCAACGGACAAGGCCGUGCAGGUCUCGUCGACGUUGAAAGGUAUCAAGAAGCUGGAAAGAAAGGACGUCGAGAUGUGGAUGGCGUAUUGGAAGAAGGUUGGGUUAUUACAAUAG